AUGUUGUCGUAUCUCUGGCGAAUUCAUUCGACAGCACUGACUGCAUUGUGUUACUUCGGGUAUCUUGGCUAUCGUGCAUUCAGCCUCUUAUCUCAUCUAUUCCCGCUAUUUAUUGGAUAUCACCCGCCUCAGCCUGAACAACCUGACGAUCUUGAGGCUAACCACCCAGCUGAUGAUGCUACCUCAACAUCGAACUGCGACACGUAUACUCUGCAGCUGCACCCCCAACCCGACUUAGAACUCUUAGAAGUUGGAUCUCCCGCGCAAAUCUACAAAGUGGAUGAUCACAUAGUCCUCAAGUCAUCCUUGUUAUUUGAACCACCUGGAAACAAUACCUCUCCUCACGCCCAACUGCACUACGCCACAAACACCCUCUUCCAGUCUAACCAGUUACAAAACGAACGAACUGUCCUACAACUACUCCAAAAACAACCACACCCCCACAUCAUAGAACCAAUUGAUACUUUUCAUCCAGAGGGUCUCUACCUCCGCAAAUACCACCCACUAUCCGAGCAUAAAAUCCCUCCCCAGCGUCAUCGGAUCCGCUGGUACCGCGACUUCACAGAUGCGCUUUGCCAUAUCCACAAGCUUGGCAUUGUCCAUGCAGAUGUCCGGAUCGAUAACGUCCUUCUGGACGAACAUGACCAUGUUAUCCUCUCUAACUUUAGGGCCGCCCGCCCUUUCGGUGAGCUAAAUCUUGCUUUCCCGAUCAACGGUCCCUCGCAGACAUCAUCCGAUAAAACAGAUAUGUUCGCCUUGGGCUCGCUGAUAUAUCAGAUGGAACAUGGUGUCAAGCCUGAGUUGUCUGUUGACGUGCAUGGUACUUUGGCUUUGCCGAAUAUACACACUGGUCGUCCUAUGCUCGAUACCAUUAUUCGGGAUGCCUGGAUUGGGAACUACAGCCGUACAGCGGAGAUGCUGGAGCGGAUUGAGGCUAUUGGUAUUAUUGGUGAUGAUUCUGGUCAUGGAUCCCUAACACAGUCUUUAUCGAUAAGAGUAUUGGGAAGUCGGAUUCGAGAAUGGAGGGAGCGUCGGGAGGAUAGGUUUGGCUGUGUUCUAGAAGGUGUACUAUCCGAAGAUCAAUUACAGGGUCUAGCCGAGCGUCACGGCUUGGAUAGACAUGCGGGUUUACGAUUUGCUGAGUAUUGA